AUUAAUUAACCACAUAAAAAGUGCAAGCAUGGAGGCAGAACGGAAGAAGCCUUUGCCGCCGUUUGACAAUAAUAUGUAGUGGUUAUGUUGGUAUCAAUGUCAAAUGUUCAAACUUCCGGUUUGAGAAAACGCUGCAUUUUGUUGAGUUUUUAGCUUUACUUGCAAUAAUUACACUGUUUCUACUACAAAAUGGAUUGGCAAUUAACAUGUCGGGUGUGUUUAGAAACCGGUGACAUGGUUUCUCUCUUUGAUUGGGACGAAAAUAACGAACAACUUGGCGACAAGUACACCUACUGUUGCGGCGUGGAGGUGUCCAAAAAUGAUAGUUUACCGACGCUAAUAUGUCUGAAUUGCGUGGAUAAGCUUACUUACGCCUAUCUAUUCAAGCAGCAGUGUCUUACAUCUAACGAUACGUUGAAAGAAUGUUUGGAAGAGUUCAAGAAGAGUUCGGAAACUGUGUCUGCGGGGCAUUCAUCAAAAGUUGGCAAAGAGACAGAAACUAUAACUAUAAAGCAGGAGAAUGGGUUGUUGCUGCAGUAUGAGUUGCCUGUGGAACAUGACCCUCAGGGUCAAUGGACCCGCACUCUUGUCAAGACUCCUAGCAGUGCCGUAGUGACUAAAGCUCCUGGACCAAGAAAAAGAGGCCGGCCUAGGAAGUAUCCUAAUGAACAAGGACAGAUAGAACUGUCCCCCUAUCAGCGCAAGAAACCAAAGAGUCAGGAGAAGGAGCCGGAAGCCCUAACAACAUUACUUGCCACCGGCUCUUUGGAUUUAAAGCAAGAGCCAGAGGAUGCUGAGGAUGAGGCUUUUGGUCAUGAUGGAUAUGAAAACCCAGAUGACGAUCCUGAUUUUGAACCAGCUGGUGAAGAUCCUGAAUCAGAACCAGAAAGCAAAGAAACGCAGGCACCUCCACCACGCAAACGCGGCAGGCCUCGCAAAACGCCUCUGAUACCUAAGAAACAGCCAAAGUCAGAGGAUGGUGAGGACAUGCUGCUCAAGGAGACCAUCCUGGCCUUCUCCGAGCCCAUCCCAGAGCACAUCCUCAACCCUAAGCCUAAGAAGAAGUACCAGACUAAGAAGAAAUAUAUCUAUGAGAAGACGCACACUUGUGAAACAUGUGGCGCUUCCUUUACCUCCAAUGCAUCCUUACAGGCUCACAUCCGACGUCAUUUAGGAAUCAAACCAUUUGUCUGCAGCGUGUGCGGCUUCGCAAGCGUCAUGAGAGAAGCGCUCAAACGUCACAUGCAGCGUCACACCGGCGAGCGACCGUACAAGUGCAGGAUCUGCGACCGACGAUUCGGAGACUACGGUACUCGGCAGAAGCAUGAAAGGUUACACAUGGGCGUUCGUCCAUACCAGUGCUCUUUGUGUGGCAAGUCGUUCACGUACUCCUACGUGCUCGCUAACCACAUGCUGACACACACAGGAGAAAAGAAAUACUCAUGCGGUCCUUGCAACAAGAAGUUCACGAAAGCCCACCACUUGAAGUACCACAACAAGGUGCACCACAAGGAGCUGUACCUGCAGCAGCAGCUGGAGCUGGAGGCCAAGAAGAUGCGCCAGCAGAUCAACGUCACCGGGCUGUCCGGCGUCAUCUCCGGGCAGAUCGUGGACGGCACGCUGCAGCUCAUACACGCCGCCUCGGAAGAUGGUGGUGAAGAGGCUCAAAUGCAAGUGGUUGAGGAGAAUGAGGACGUUGGCGACGAUUCUGAGAAGGAAACUACUCGCGCCGUAGCCGGCAUGCAAGCGGUGGUUCUCGAUGCUGAGUUUUGUAUGGAAGAAGACGAAAAAGAACAAUAAGCGAUAUUACAAGCAAAGUACCCCAGACACUCACGUGUACCACACAUGUUACGUACCACACAUGUUAGUUAUAACACGUCUAUCACGCAUGCAUUGUAUAAAAUACCAACAAAAACGUACUGACUGCAUAGAUUUUGCACGGAGUCACGUAAGCAUUAGUUGUAGUGAUGUAAAUAAAAAAUAUAGACUGGGAAAAUUCUCUCAAUAUAAUGAGUUCGUAGACUAGUAUGUUUAUUGUAUGAGGUCCAUUUAAUUCGAAUACAAAUGUAUAUUACUGUAUCAUUAAAUUUAGCAUUAAAAUAGCUCAGGUAAAGCUUUUUUUAAAAGUAUUUGAUGACCAAAUUCUAACUGUAUUCAAGUCAUUCAACAACCUAUUAAAUGAAAUGAUUUACAUUCUAAUAUACUUGAUGCAUUAUCAAUUAAAGGAUUCUAGUUAUAUGAAAACGGGUUUACAUUAUACUUACACUAAGAACUUAUCAAUAGUUAUUCAAAUUGUUUUUUUAUUUUUAAUUCGAUUUGAUCUUGAAAUGGUACUGUCGACCCAAAGUUAUUUGGUGCCGUAGUAGAAGCAAGACGGCGUAUUACAACGCGUAGCGACGUCUCGCUUUUAUACAGGCAACAAUGAUUCAAAAAAAUGUGUAAUAUAAAUAAUUAUAAAGCAAUGCCAACCCCUAUCUUAAAAUUUCCCUUUUUUUCAUUUGGUGUCGAUCUGUCUCAAAAAAGAGUUGUGUUAACCUAAAUUUGUACAUGCUCCCUAGGACUAUAUCUCCCUAUAUAACUGUCCCACUUUAAAUACACGGAUUAAUAAAACAAUAAUCUCAUUAUACCUGUUUAUUAUGAUACUGGAUUAGUAAGUUAUUUAUAGGUUAUGUAUUGGGUGACAAUUUACCGCCAAACAAUUUUUUUUAACUUAUUAUUGUAGUAUGAAAUACUACCUUGCUACACAAUAUAAAACAAGCCAUACAAAUAAAGAAUAGGACUGCCUUCUCUAUAUUUAUUCGUAUUGAAUUUAGAAAUCCGAAGCAAAGAGCAUUCUACUCCUGACACCAAUUUUAAGUGCUAAUCCGUGGAGUAGUAGCCAUUAUGAAAAGAACAUCAAACGUUCAUGCUUUAUCGCCUUUAUCGUUUCUGUCGUGACUGUUCCGAAUUAUAAAUAAGUUUCUUCACAUUCUCGUGCAAUGAAUGAUUCCUAAAAAAAGCCGAGAACCACUAUAAUAUAAUUGAAAUGAGAUCAAACGUACAAUACACUCUUGGUGUUAAUUGGCGGUAAAAUAACCCACAUUUAAAUACAUGUAAUGUAUUCAUCUAACUAUUAGUAUGUAAAUUGUAAUUAUAAUCGAAAUUACAAGGUAUUCUUACAUAGAUAUGUAAUAAAUAUAAAAUAUUCGUAUCUCUAGAAAAGUUACGGUUAUGUAUUUUUCUAAUAUAAUACAAAUGUAAUGGACGAUGCAAAAUAUCUUUUCGACAUUCAAUCUUAGGCAACGUUCACUUAAUGAUAUUCAACUUGUUCUCGACACUUGACCGCUUUUCUAUAUUUCCCACAAAUCAUUGUUCAAUAUUGAUUUGCGGUCGACUGUACAGUACACUGUCGCAAAACGCAUACUGAAUGAUUUGUUAAUGUAUUACCUAAAUGAAAUGAGUUUUAAAGCAUAAUAUCUUUGUAUAUUUUUAUUAAAUAUGUCGUCACAUUAGUGGUAGCAAAAUUUUACGUUAACCUCUUAGCUCUCAGUGCGCGAAACUUUUAUCACAUUUUCAUUCAUAUCAAACAUUAAGAAAAUAUAGAUUUUAUAAUAUGGUCCUUAAAUAUAUUAUUACAAAAGUAAGUUAUGUGCUUGAUACAUUCCAAAUUCGAUUGUUUACAAGUAUCUUUCAUCCUAUGUACCGCUAUUGUGACCUUAUAUUUUUUCUAAUUGUUAUGCUUACUUAUUUAUUACGUGUAAUUAGAGGGAGCCUUAAUUAAAUUUAGUAAGUAAGCACCUAGACGCUAUUAAAUGACUUUGUCAUAGGAAAUGUUUAAAACAUAAUUAUUAUGUUAAUGUUAUAACUAAUUUGAUCGUAAUUGAUGUUAUCUAGAAUAUAAAUAAAGAUCAUGGAACACGGA